CUUCCAUCCAGAGAACAUUCAAGUAAAAAUAUUGACGUAAAACACGCACAGUACGUUAGUUACAGUGAACCGCCUUUGAUCAGUGUGGUUUAAAUCCGGAGGAGGAGGGGGGCGUGGCUGCGGCGAUGACGUGGUGUGUUUAUGUCAAAGCUCGCAGCAAACACUCAGUCAGCGACAGACCUUCAGACCCUGGACAGAAAACGUGUACUGUAGUGUCACCCCCUGCCUGGGUGCCAUGGUCGUCUGUCACCCAUGAGCUCUACUAUGUGGUACAUCAUGCAAAGCAUUCAAAGUAAAUACUCUUUGUCCGAGCGGCUCAUCCGCACCAUCUCAGCCAUCCGCUCAUUCCCACAUGACAACGUGGAGGAUCUCAUUCGUAAGGGAGCUGAUGUGAACCGGAUGCAUGGCACACUUAAGCCCUUGCACUGUGCGUGUAUGGUCGCUGAAGCUGACUGUGUGGAGCUGCUGUUGGAGAAGGGGGCAGAGGUGAAUGCUUUGGAUGGAUACAACCGCACUGCACUGCACUAUGCUGCAGAGAAGGAUGAGAGCUGUGUGGAGCUGCUGUUGGAGUAUGGGGCCCAGCCAAACGCCCUGGACGGCAACAAAGACACUCCACUUCACUGGGCCGCCUUCAAAGAUAACCCAGAGUGUGUGAGGGCCCUGCUAGAGAGCGGGGCCUGUCCCAAUGCUCGGGACUACAACAAUGACACUCCUCUGAGCUGGGCAGCAAUGAAAGGCAACCUGGAAAGUGUCAAAGUGCUUCUAGACUAUGGAGCCUUGGUCCAUGUGACCAACCUGAAGGGCCAGACUCCUAUCUCCCGACUGGUGGCCCUGUUGGCCCGGGGCCUGGGCACUGAACAGGAGGAGGAGUGCCUUGAGCUGCUGUGCCGGGCAGCAGGGCGGUUUGAGAUCCGAAAGGCGGACGGCACCCUUCCCAGGGAGCUGAGCAAAGAUCCCCAGCUGCUGGCGAGGCUGACCAACAUGGUGGCUCAUGCUCCCACUCUGCGCUCUCUGGCGCGCUGUGCCGUCCGGCAGAGUCUGGGAGUGCAGUUCUUCCCUGAUGCUGUAAAAGAGCUUCCCUUACCAGAGACUAUCAAAGACUUUCUUCUGCUGAGAGAAUGAGGGGAUGAAACCACUGGAUGAUCAUUAGACAACUCAUCACACAUUUACUGGCAAGAAAGGCUUCCCAUUGAGUUAUAGGCAAGUGGCUGACACUGGCCCUCAUUUAUUCAACUUUUUUCAAAUCAGUACAGAUUUAUGCACCCGGAGAGAUGAACAUUACAUUAUGUAGUGCACAACAUCUACGUGAGCUGUUUAUUUUUAAUUUUUAAUUUGAACAGGUUCAGCUGUAGGAGCACACCUCCCCCUCUGCAUUAUCUUUAUGUUGUUAUACUCCUGGCUUGCUUAAAGAAAUCAUUGGUCCAACAAAAUUUCUUAUCCCACUUUUUUGGUAGAAUGAAAAUCCAACUUAAUUUUAGGCAAAUUUCUACGAUGAUGGACCUCAUCAUUUGACAACAUGAAGCUAAGUGUGUCCCAUCACCCAAGCUUUUUUCAAUGAGUUCCAAAAGAGCCAUUGAUCUUUGCAAUGCCAAAAUUUGCUAAAUGUAUUGAAUAUUAAUUUUUUACACUUAAAUAUGAGUAAGUAAAAUAAGUAUGCUGUUACUGCUUCUCACGGAGGAUGAUGCAAACAAAGUAAACUAUAAAGUUUGUUGGUAAAACGAGGAUGUAAGAUUAAAUUCAAACAUAAUAAUUUAAAUUUAUGGAUCAGGGCUCAUGUCUAAUGAUGCAGGUUGUCCAGUAAUUCAUUCAGAGGAUGCAGACCCUGAAGCAGUGCUCUGGAGAAAAUGUUGAGUUGUUCGUGUGAGAGUGGGAGUGGCCAUCUUUGUCUCAGUGAACUCACAGUGCAGAAAAUAUUGCAAAAAACAAAGGAAAAAAAUAAUGAACAAAAAAAUUUAAUUUUAUCUGUGUAUGUAUAGUGUAUAAGCAACAAAAUGUCUCAGAAUAUUAUCAUUUGAAUGUGCCAGGCAGGCGUAUCUUACCUCCAUCUAAUUUUCUGAAAAGGUUCAUCACUGAUAAGAAGUCGACGUCAACAUGCCUGCUGUCAUAUGUGAUUUAGUAUUUAUUUGGGCUCUGUUUUAUUAAAGGAGUUGCAGUUGCCAUAAGGAAUAAAAGUUGUUUUUUAAAAUAUAUUUGCAUAUGUACGUUUCCAGUCAUAACAUGCAGGAGUUUGGGUUUUUCGAUGGGUGCUCACAGGUCUGACAUUUUGCAGCAUAUGUUUAAAUUUUGUUUUAAAUCAAAUGUUGAAACGAUGAAAUGGUAUGAUUACUAAGUUUCCCUUGGACAGAUUCUCUAAAAAAGCUCGCAAAAUGUAUUAAGUUUGUUAAUGUAUCUGUCUAAACUCUGACUGCUUCUGUGCUUGAUUUUUGUUUUGCUUGUUCUGCAGAUGUAUAAAAAUGAACCUCUUAGAUCAGGUCUUGUGUGCACCUGCAAAAGUGCUUUUCUUUUUUCUCUGUCAACCUAUUGAAAGUAAAUGCCUUUAUAUUCCA